GCUCCCAGUGUCCAGAAGGAAUGGGACAUGCAGUAAAAGUCAACAGGCGUGAAGGUCUGGGACCAUCUCACCACACCUUUUUCUCUCAUGGUAGAAUGCAGAAGCUUCAAAAGUAAGACGCGGAGUGUUCCGAAGCCAGGAAGUCAGCACUUGUUCCAGAAGAAAAGCAAGAAGAGUGACAUUUGAGCGUGAGGACAGGGAAGCAUGUUCCAGGAGCACAGAGACUUGUCACAGCCAGAAGAAUGAAGUAAAGUGUGAGUGAAGACAUCAGAUGUUCUUCUCUGAAGGACUAGGAUUUCUUUCAUGAUGGACUGUUGAUCUCCUUCAUGGACUCUAAUGUCUUCUUCUUGAUCCCUGCUGACCACCGACCUGUGGACUUGUGCUAUCAUCGUCUGCACUCCGUCUUUUGCUGCAGGACUUUUCCUUCAUCAUGCUGCCCUGCUUCCUCUUUUUCUUCCUCAUUUUCCCCGCAGCUCUAUUGGCGGCUGCACAAAGUGCUGCUGACCUGCCAGGUGGGGGCCCUGCUUUCAACCCAGGAGAUCUCUGCAUGGUGGUGUCUCCUCCAUGUUUGAGUGAGGAGGAUCGUUUCAGUCUGGAGGCUCUACACAGCAUCCAUCAGAUGAUGGACGAUGACAAGGAUGGAGGUAUCGAGGUGGAGGAGAGUGUGGAGUUCAUCAUUGAGGACAUGAAGCAGCAGCAGACCCACAAACACAGCCACCUGCACAGGGAAGACCAGCACAUCACCGUGGAGGAGCUGUGGAAAGGCUGGAAGUCAUCUGAAGUCCAUAACUGGACCCAGGACCAGGUUCUCCGCUGGCUCAGGGAGUUUGUGGAGUUGCCACAGUAUGAGAAGAACUUCAAAGACUUCAAAGUCAAUGGAAACACGCUGCCCAGGAUUGCAGCCAAUGAGGCGUCCUUCCUGAGCAGCCAGCUGAGAGUUCAUGACCAGAGGGACAAACAAAAACUCAACAUCAAAGCUCUGGACGUGGUUUUGUUUGGAGCGCCCACACGGCCCCCUCACAAUUACAUGAAGGACCUGCUGCUCAUGGUGUCUGUGGUGAUGGGGGUGGGGGGCUGCUGGUUCGCCCAGGUCCAGAACAAGUCCAGCAAGGUCCACAUCAGCAAGAUGAUGAAGGACCUGGAGAGUCUGCAGAGGGCCGAGCAAAGUCUCCUGGACAUGCAGGAACAAUUAGAGCGAGCCCAGGAGGAGAAGCGCAACGUGGCAGAGGAGAAGCAGAACUUGGAGGAGAAGAUGAGGGACGAGAUCAUGGACGCCCAGGAGGAGGCCUACCGCCUGCAGGAGCUGAGGCAGGGAGCCGUCAGCGAGCUGAGUCGUCUGCGAUACGCCGAGGAAGAACUGGUGCAGGUGCGCGGCGCCCUGAAGCAGGCGGAGAAGGACAUGUGGGCCAGCUGGAGCGCCUCAGACGCCCUCCAGCAGUGGCUGCAGCUCACCCAUGAGGUGGAGGUCCAGUACUACAACGUGAAGAAGCACAGUGCCGAACUGCAGCUGGCCACCGCCAAAGAAGAGGCAGAAAGGAUCAAGAAAAAGAGAAGCUCCGUGCUUGGGACUCUGCAUGUGGCCCACAGCUCUUCUUUAGACCAGGUGGACCACAAGAUCCUGGCGGCAAAGAACGCCUUGUCAGACGUUACCGCUUGUUUGCGGGAGAGACUUCAUCGUUGGCAGCAGAUUGAACGCGUGUGCGGCUUCCCCGUCAUUAGGAACCCUGGCCUGGCCAACCUGACUGCUCAGCUGUACUCGGACUCUUUGCCCCGAGGACCUCCACAUUCCUGCUCAUGGCACAGCUCGGUCCAUGGCUCCAUCGAGGAUCUGUUGGAGGAGUGUCCCGCAUCAAUACUUUCAGCAGUUCCAGGUGCUCCAAUCAAACCUUCUCCUCGAACUCGCACUUCCACUCUACGCCGAACACGCCGUCACGGUAUUACGCAACCACCAACCGCCAUGAUCUCAGACGACCCCGACCUUCUCAUCCCGAUACGAUCUCCCUAUCCUUGUUUUGAUGAGGAUGAUGUAAUCUUCCGUAAAACUAUAAAGAAACAAGACUCCCAAGAAAGGUUCUCAGAUUCAGACUAUACCACUUCACCUUCUCUUGGCAAAGUGUUCCCAUGUUCCUCUGCCGAGGCAUCCUCUCGCAGGCUCUACCAUGAUGAAACUGAGUCGCUUUCAGACACUUUGCCUUUGAGUAAGAACUUGGAUGAUGAUGUGGAAUCUCCAAGUUUCAAAAUUUCUAUGGAAGAUUGUGAAAGUCUUGAAAGGAAACAAGCCAAAGAUGUUCUGGACAGUUCUUUGGAGAGUUCUCCUCUGACGAUGUCAAACGAUGAGUCUGGAAUGGAGGCUCCGGCAAGGAAGCCAUCCAGAAAUAAGAAGGACGUUCCAAUGGAUUUUGGCAUUAGAAAGGUCUCAUCCAAUGAGUUUGAUUCAGAAUUUCCAUCAAAGAAAGUAGACCGAGACCAAAGAGAGGAAGUUACAGACAAUCUUUCAAGGAGUCUACCUCGAGAUAGAAGUGAUAUACCACUGGAUGUCAGAAAGAUUCUUUGGGAUGAAGUAGAAGCCUCAGAUUUCAGACAUAAAAUGUUAUCAAAAAGUAUGAUGGGGGCUUCAAUGGACUCUGUCUCAAGAAGGAUGGUGCAAGAAGGUCCUGAAUUUCCGUUUGACUUGGUGUCAAGAAGGAUUGUAAGAGAUUCAAUGGGAAUCUCCAUGGUUGGAGGAGCCAGGAAGCUGGAUUCCUCUGCACGGGGGAUAGGCAAAGAGAAGAUGGCUGAGGUAAAGCUCUCAAGAAAGAGCUCUCAAGAUGAGUUGGAGAGUUGUGAAGACACUGCUUCUCUGAAGACUCUACCCAGAGAGGCACCAGAACAAGGGAUGGAUCGCAUGUCUUCAGCAGAGGUGGUUUUUGAACCAUCAAUAGAUAAGCGGAUAUCUAAAGAGGAACGUAAGGUGCCUCCCAGAAAAAGAACCACACGGACGUCAAGAGAAGACGAGGUCACACCCGCAGGUAAAAUUUCCAAAGAUAAAGUUGAAUCACCAAUGAAACCAGCGCGACAAAGAGUAGUGAGGGGCGAGUCAGAGGAAUCCGACUCAGUGCCAGGAGAAACCGAUCAGCCAGACCUGACAGUGACCUCCCACGAGCCAUGGAAGUCGUCAGCGGAUAUUUUUACCGUUGGUCCUUUGAGCCAACUUGUUUACGAUGGAAUCCUGGAGAAGUCGUACAAGUCCAUGCCUGCAGCCCCAGAGAUCCUUUCCACCUCCACUCCUAACCUUCCCCAGUGCUCCCCCCAACAUCUGGCAGAGUCUGAGCCACCACUGGCACCUGCCAAGGACACCUUCCAGACGUCAGCAUCCCCCUCGUCUGAAGCUAAGGAUGACAAAAACAGAGAUAAGGAGAAAGGUAGGAAAUCCUUAAAGCUAAAAAAUCUUUUUAAAAAGAAGAACGAAGCAAUUCCAGAGAAGAUUCAAAGUGGUCUCCAGAAACUCUAAGACUUGUCUUUGUUGUUCAUGGAACACUUCAUUGGAGUUUCAAAUGAUGAAGGUUGAAAUCUAGUGAAGGUUUAUGAUGGAAAAAUACUGUUGGGGUAGUAGUAGUGCUCAUACUCACUAGGUAUCAAAUCAUACUCAUUCGGUACCAAGUCAUAAUCACUAGGUACCAAGAGGCAGUAGUGGUCAUACUUACUAGGUACCAAGAUGUAAUGGUGGUCAUACUUACUAGGUACCAAGAGGUGAUGGUGGUCAUACUCACUAGGUACCAAGAGGUGAUGGUGGUCAUACUCACUAGGUACCAAAAGGUAGUAGUGGUAAUACUGAUUCGGUACCAAGUCAUACUGACUAGGUACCAAGGGUGAAUACCGUGUGGACACAAAUAUAACCUCAAAAAGAUGAGUCUUCAAAUUUGGAGUGUCAAAGUUUAUUCAUGGAAACCAAACACACAGUCACAGCUUUUCUUCCUGGCACUCACACCCGCCAGUGACCUGGAGAGACUUGCUGGGUCAAAGGUCAUCUAAGAAUAUGCUGGCUUUGUUGGGAGAGAUUCAUGACAAUUAUCAUACAUUUUGUGUAGACUAUUUUACAUACUUAACUACAUUUGUAUUUAUAUUCAUAUUUGUGUUCAUAUUCGUAUUAGUGUUCAUAUUCAUACGUGCAUCAGUGCUACUUUGCUGACUCGGUGGAUUAUUUGGAGUCAAGGGCAUGUCAUUUAGAAUUAUUAGACAAGCUGUAUUCAAUGUGAAUAUUUUACAAAUUAAAAGUAAGGUUUAGGUUUUUA